AGUAUGCAGUGCUAGUGCUAAAAGUCAAUAAUACGCAUAUUUAGUAUUGACUCUCUAUGCUUUGCUGGAUUGGGUUAACUGUGAUGGCUAACUUUGAUGAGAAGAGUGGUGUGGUACCAUGUUUAACUGCCUGGGGUUGUUGGUAUCAGACCAUGGAUGAGGUCAUGAUUGAGAUCAAUGUACCGCAGGGAACUACAUCCAAGGCAGUCAAGGCUAACUUUGGAGUCAAUACUAUAACCUGUUCAGUCCCAGGAUUUGAAAUCAAGGGAGAAUUGUAUAGCAGAGUAGUAGCUGAUGAAUGCCUGUGGAGUCUAGAGGACAGAAAGCUAGUGAGAAUGGUUCUGACCAAGUCCAAUCGUCAAGCAGACAACUGUUGGAAGUCACUUCUCAAAGGUCAAUACGAAGCUGACCCUGUCACAUUUGAUAAGAUGGAAAAGAAGCUCACGUUACAGAGGUUUCAAUAUGAGCACCCAGGGUUUGAUUUCAGCAAUGCAGACAUAUCAGGCAAUUAUACAGGAGGGGGGCCCCAGCUACCUGGGGACUAGGAGGGGGGCUCCAGCUACCCGGGGACUAGACCAAACAGAGAAUAAAUAGCUUCGGUGAGAGUCAGUAUGUGGAUCAGUUUCCUUGAGACAGUGACAUCUGAAGAAUAACAUCACAUAGAUAUGUGUGAAUCACUCUCCAUGAUCUCUAAUUUCUUGAUGAACUUUUAACUGAUGUUCUAAGAGCUCAGUUAAGUCACACCACAUCAAAGGCUGACUGACUAUCUUUGCUUUGUGAAUCUAGCAACUAAUGGAUUUCUUUCAAA